CACCGCACCAACUCGGCUUGCAUUUUGCUCAUUUUUGAAUUUCCAACUUGACCAUGGGUAACCAUAUCUCGUCUACGACGCUUGUCGGCGUAGCACUCUUCGUCCGUGUCGCCGUCGGCGAGACCUACGACGUGAUCAUCAUUGGCAGUGGCCCCGGCGGCCUCGUUGCUGCCGAAUACCUCAGUCGCAAUGCAUCCACGUCCGUGCUCGUCCUCGAAGCCGGCGGCCCGUCGCUCGCGGCCACUGGUGGCAUCGACAUUCCAGGCUACGCCCAGUCGCAAGGCCUCACACGCUUCGAUAUUCCCGGCGAGUACUCCAACGUCGCAUUCCAAGGCGACAACAAGUACCGCAUGAACACCGACUGGAUCGCGUCGCCCACGGGUCUCUACCUCGGCAAGGUUAUCGGCGGCAGCUCGUCGCUCAACGGCAUGCUCUACUUUCGCACGCCUGACUCGUAUGUGACCGAGGCGAGCUGGCCCAACGACGCCGCCACCGUCACCGCGGGCUUCUCGGCGAUUGAAACCAUGUUUACGUCCACCAACAACCCGUCACCGGAUGGCACGCGGUACCUUCAGGAGGCGUACAACGUCAUGCGCAGCGUCUUGGGUGGUGGCGGCUACACCGAGUCGAGCAACCUCAACAACGACCGCAACGCCAAGAGCAAGAGCUACGGCCACCCGCCGUUCGCGAUCAAGAACGGUCUGCGCGACUCGCCAGCCAAGACGUUUCUCGGUGUCGCCAAGGCCCGGUCCAACUUCAAGCUCAUUUCGUCAGCGACCGUCUCGUACAUCAUCCAGUCCAAGGGUACCGCGACGGGGGUCGUCUACACGACCAAUAACGGCCAGACGGUGACAGUCAACCUCUCGUCCCGGGGGGCGGUCGUCGUCGCGGGCUCGGCGGUCAUGACGCCCAAGAUCCUCAUGCAGUCGGGCGUCGGUCCGUCGAGCCAACUCAACUUGCUCAAGAACAACGGCAACUUCCCGGGUGUGAGCAGUGACGCGGCCAACUGGGUUGUCAACGAGAACGUCGGCAGCAGCUUGUUUGACACGCACCAGCUGCUUAUGACGUUCUCUCGCAACGACAUGAAGACGUUUGCCCACACGCAGAGUCCGUCGGCGGCGAUCAGUCAGUACAUGACGCAAGGCCGCAGCGGUCCGUGGUCGAGUCCGGACCCGGUCCAGAUUGCGUAUGAGAACUACAACGUGAACGGCCGGGCGUACCAGUUCCAGGUCACGACGUUCUGUCACGGCUUCAACUGGGGCAGCAACAACCCCACCGAGUUUGGCGUCGCCGUGUACGUCAACAACCCGAUCUCGCGCGACAGCGCACGCUUCACUAGCGACGGGCGCUACCAUCUCGACACGGCGCGCAGCAUGUACAACGACCCGCGCGACCGCGAGGCGCUGGCCAACUAUGUCGACAAGCUGCGAGGUAUGAUGAACGCACAAGGUGUGGCGACCGUCAUCCCGGGAAACGGUGUUCCGUCGAUCGACUUUGUCAACAACAAGGUCGAGGGGGCCAACCACUAUGGCGGCAGCUGCUACACGUCGGGCGACAAGUCGGAUACCAAGCGCUGUGCAGAUGAGACGUUCCGGGUUGUCGGUGCCAAGAACAUUUUCGUUGGCGACGGCAGCUUGAUGAAGGAGGGCACGGUCAACCCGUACGGCUUUAUCAUGUACGCCGGGUACCAGACCGGUGUCAACAUUGCCAAGGCGAUCGCUGGCUACAGCGGUGUGACGCCAUCGACGCCGUCAACGUGCACCGACGUUGAGAACGACGUCGACUACUACGGCAACGACAUUGGUGCCACGAGUCGUGCAUCGGCAGACGCUUGCUGCGCCGACUGCGCGGCCAAGCCAGGUUGUUCCGUGUACGUCUGGACGAACUACAACGGUGGUAUGUGCUGGUUGAAGAGUGGUCGCGGCUUGAAGUCUUCGCAGCCUGGCGCCAAGGCCGGUGGCAUCCACGCAUCUGCUUCUGGCUGCGGUAUUCCCGAGCCCAACACGGACUUUGCGGGCCAAGACGUCGGGAACGUCCCAGGCACCAACCCCAGCGACUGCUGUGCCGCGUGCAAGAAGAACAAGGCGUGCAACGCCUACAGCCUCUGGAGCAACACGUGCUGGCUCAAGAGCGGCCACGACGGACGCAAGGCCGCCCCGGGCACGACGGCGGCGGUCGUCAACAAGUGCUCGGCGCUCGACAUUAGCACCGACUACGUCGGUAACGACAUCGGUCGCGCCGCUGCGUCUACUGCCGACGACUGCUGCGCGAAAUGCCGCAACACGAACGGGUGCGGUGCCUUCUCGUGGUACCAGGGUACGUGCUACUUUAAGAGCAGCAAGGGCAGCACCAAGGCGAAUGGCAACGUCAUCUCGGCCACGGUGCUCAUGUAAACUAGACACCAUUUUUAACCUCUGUACACUACGAAUAAUCCAAACGAAUUGAUCUGUCGCUCC